AUGAGAUCUGCUUCUUUUUCAUAUUUCAAUGGCUUCUUGAGCAAGCAAAGGGGAAAAGAAGGGGGGGAGGGGGAGAAGAGUAGUACACUACUACUGCUACUCGUAAAGCAUUUCGAAAUAGCCCUCCACAAUUGUGUUGCUCGACUAUCAACAGCUGUGUUGAUCAACUUCAGGCAUUCUUGCUACUCAACUCUCACCAAUCAUGUUGACCGGCACCCGCUAGUCUCGCUGCUUAGUUCGAAGCAGUCGUGGUGCCUGGAUCUCAGUAGUCGCACAGCUCGGCCCAGAGCAGCUAUACGGCCCAACUCAGCAGCCGCAAAGCCCAAUCAUCAGCAGUUACGCUGCUUAGCUUUCGGCUACCGCCCUACCCAAUUUUUGUUAGUACUUGAGCGGCAAGCUCCACAUGGGAGGUCCAGUACCCUCGCCUCGAGUCGCCUGGCUUCUCAGCCCGACUCCAUUAUAGCGGCAAGCUCCGCAUGCGAGCGGCAAGCUCUGCAUGCGAGGUUGAGUACCCUCGCCUCGAUUCUCUUGACUUCUCAGCCUGACUCCAUUAUAGCGGCAAGCCCCACAUGCGAGGUUCAGUACGCUCGCCUCGAGUCUCCUGGCUUCUCAACCCGACUCCACUAUAGCAGCACGCUCCGCAUGCGAGGUUCAGUACCCCUGCUUCGAGUUGCCUGGCUUCUCAGCCCGACUCCAUUAUAG